CUGCAGGAACAGGCGAAGGACUCCCAUGUGUCGGACAUCAUAGAUGUUUAUGAACAGAAGCUCUCAGCGUUCGCGUCUAAGGAGAGUCGUCUGCAGGACUUGUUGGAGGCCAAGGCUCUCGCUCUGUCUCAGGCCGACCGUCUCAUCGCUCAGUAUCGCUUCCAACGAGCUCAGGCUGAAGCAGACGCCUGUAAGCUGGGCUGCCUGCUGAAGGAGGCGGAGCGUCGGCGGGAGGAUCUGCAGUCGGAACUGAGCGGCCAGGUGCUGGAGGUGGAGCGCUGCAAGGCCGACAUGGAGGAGCUGCUGCAGCACAACGCCCGGCUGCAGAAGGACUCAGAGGAGCACCAGAGCCUCAAAGGAGCUUACAAUGCCCUGCUCAACAGGUUUAACGAGAGCGAGCGUCUGCUGAAAGAGCUGCAGGCCGCUCACAUCUCGCUCACCAAACAGAGCGACACUCUGAGGAAGAACCAGGAAGCUCUGACACUGCAGCACGAAAAGAUGGCGUCAGUGUUGGAGGAGAGAGAGCAGGAGAUCAGAUCUCUCCGUGCAGAUCUACAGCAGAAGAACAGCGACAUCACAG